ACGUAGCAUUCCACCAGGAAGAGACUGGGGGGGACGGGAAAACAGAGGCAGCUAGGAGAGCGAAACUCUGAGGCUCCCGUUCUGAUUAGCCCUGAUCCCUCUGCGCAUGCCCGGCUUCACGCUCGCCCUUCGCGCAUGCCCACUUGCUACCUCAGGGAGGCGGUAGUCUCGCCAGGCAGAGAGAAGGGGCGAAGGGCACCUCUUUGCGCAUGUGUAUCUGACGAAGCUCGGACCCCGGCUGCGGGUGGUUGGAGCCCAUGGAGCAGCGCUGAUUAGGGUUUAGGGGAAAAAAAAAACACUACACAUGGAUGAUUUCUUCGAUCAUGGAAUGUCAGAGUUGGAAAGGACCUUAAAAAGUGAAAAUUUGACCAAAGAUACUGCUAAAGCCCGCUUAAGAAGACAUGAUGUUGGAACUAAGUUUUCCCAGUGGUUGUCAACUAAAUCCUCUGUCCUACUACCUUUGUUGUUUAAGGAAGGAAAGCUGUAUCUGCUCUUCACAGUUCGAUCAAAGAAGUUACGUACCUCACCAGGGGAAGUGUGCUUCCCUGGGGGAAAGAGUGAGCCAGGAGACCUAGAUGAAAUAACCACAGCUCUCCGGGAAGCUCAGGAGGAAGUUGGACUUCAGCCACACCAAGUAGAAGUCAUUUGUCGUCUUGUGCCUUUUAUAAACAAGAACGGUAUUACGAUAACCCCAGUUGUGGGAUUUAUAGACAGUUCAUUCGAGGCCCAACCUAAUCCACAUGAAGUGAGCGAGGUGUUCCUGGUGCCUCUGGAGUAUUUCAUCAAUCCACAUACUCACUAUGCCUUUCGUUCACCUGUUUUUGGUCUCUCUCAUUUUUUUGACUACACGGAUCCCCAAAACAAAUCAACUUAUCAAAUCUGGGGGUUGACAGCAAGACUUGCAUUGCUGACUGCACUCAUUGUUUUUCAAAAGCAACCUUCCUUUGACACUGAAUAUGACUUUAAUGAUCUGAUCUCAUCCUCUGAGCAAUACUUUCUAAAGAUACAUAGAGCCAUGAAGAGCAAGUUAUGAUAUAGACAUAGAUCUGUCCAGAUAAUUGUCUAUGCACCAGAUUGACUUGAAGAAAAAAUAUCCUUCUCCUGGCACCAGAUUUGAUGUUAAAUUAUACUUUAAGAUCCUUAAGAGUACACAUUAUGUUGUUUUUCAUCUUUGUAUUCCCAGUGCCAAGCACAGUGCCUUGCAGAUGGAGGCUUAAUAAAUGUCUAUUGAACUGAAAAAUGUAUUUCCUUGGCAGAUUGUUUAUAGCACUGAACUAAUUUGGUUAUGCUUUAAUCAGUAUUAACUUUCUGAUAUGUUCCAUUUUAAUAUAUUUGUAAAGUAUAUAAAUAAAGAUAAAAUAAGAUAUAA